UCACUUUGUCUUUUACCCUUAGUCAACUUUCCCCUUUAGAAAAAAAAAAAAAAAAAACUCUGCCGCUGACAGGCGGUGCCGAAAUAAACAAGGCUCUGAAACCCUGUCUUAGAAACAUUGCGCACAUCGCAAAUAAAAUAGACAACCUCAAAACAUCACAUAUGACUUUUUCAUAGGCAAAGAUUAAAUAUAAACCACAAUAACCAGUGAUAUAGAGACCGAUUUGUUGUGGUGCCGGAGGGAGCAGGGAGGAGCAGACAGGGCCGCUGGAGUCUGUCAGGGAGAUCUGUCAGGAGGGAGACAGGUGGAACGAAACGAGUCACACGGGCCCUUGCCUCCACCCUGUGCGAUGUGGCCAUGCAAAGGAGUCAGAGGGAAAGGCUUAUAGCAACUUAGUGAGGAGACAAGACGAGACGAGUGGCUGAGUGAAGGCAGGACAUACCACUAGGGGCACCAGUCACCAUACAGUCAGUCACGAUGGCUAUGUACCUGUGUUGCUUCAGGCAGUUGUGUGGCGCGGCGCCCCAUCCCACACUACCCACCCGGACCACGCCCACUAUUAUCCUGGACACGGGAUACAUGGGCCACGAGGUUGUGAUAGUGAAGAAUGGCGUGAGAAUCUGUGGGACUGGCGGAGCUCUGGGUAACAUCCCCAUCCUACAGAACAAGGCGUACUUUGAGGUGAAGCUGCAGCAGUCAGGGGUGUGGGGUGUGGGCAUUGCCACUCGCAGCACCAACCUCAACAAGGUGCCACUAGGGGAAGAUGCUCAGUCCUGGGUGUUGUGUUCAGAUGGGGCGGUGCGGCACAACGGAGAGGAGAAGUACAAGAUUGUCGACAUACCGCAAGAGGGUGACAUUCUGGGUGUGAGUUAUGACCACGUGGAACUUAAUUUUUACAUCAAUGGGAAGGCGACCAACACACCUGUCACCAGCUUCAAAGGGACUGUCUACCCAGCACUCUAUGUGGAUGACGGUGCAAUAAUGGAUGUAACCUUUGAGAACUUCAGCUACGGGCCACCACCGGGCUACGACUCUAUCAUGGUGGAGAAGUCCCUGCUGGAGAAUGACUAAGAGGACCCCCACAUGUCUCCACUAAACCCCACCAACCCCCAUCGCCAUUUUAAUUGGAAAAUAAUAAGACUCGUAUUGCCUUCGCUAACCUCAAACCCACUCAUUGCCAUACUACCCUUCAGAAUGACUAAGAGGGCCCCCAUUGAUCCCAUCCAAUCCCCACUGUCAUCACCGUACUACCUGGAAAAUAUUAAGAGUACCCCCCAUGCCUUGACUAACCCCUAAACCCCAUCAUCACCACACUAACCAUCACCUACUGUCACUACAACCACCACCACCACUGUUAUUAUUUUGCCUCACCUCAUUACAGUGGCAUGGCUCUGGUUCCUCCAUGUGCUCUAGUUUCUCAUUAGUGGUGGUGAAGGUUGUUGGUGUGGUGUCUUUCAGUCUUUCGCCUUCCUACACUGACUUUUCUGUAAUGUGUUUUGCCCAUUGAUGUCCUGAGAGUGAAGCUGUAUUGCCAUUCACUGCUCCAUUGCUCUCCUGUCUUGCUGCGAACAAAUUGUACUCUCAGGCAGACUCUUUAGUAAGAGUCAUGUUGGUUGAGUUAAGAGAGAGGGUUAAAUUGAAGUCUAUAAGAAGUCAUGAAGGUUAAGUGAAGAGAAUGAUUCAGUGUGGUUUGUUAUAAGUCAUGAAGGUUAUGGGAAGAGAAAGGUUCAAACUGUGGUGUAUAAUAAUAGUCAUGAAGAUAAAGUGAAGAGAAGAGUUUGUAGUAGAAGUCAUGAAGAUUAAGUUAAGAGAAAGGUUUGGCUUGUGGCUGAGCUCUUCUGUUGUGUUGCUCCUCCUGCUUGCUGCUGCUGAGGGUAUAUGUGUCGGCUGCACUUACCAUCAGCCAAAUGCAACAUGAAAUAGAAGUGAAGGAAUGUGGAAAAACUCUUACUAUAUAUGAUAAUACACACAGAAAAUGGCUAGAGUGUCCCUUAAAUGAAACAGAUGAAGGAGUAUGGAAAACUCUAUUACACAACACAUGAAAAUAUAAGCUCCAUUCUAUUUUGCAGAUUCUAUAGGGGACCAUUGAGCACUGAUAAAUGAAAGAGAAGAAUAUGUUCGAUAAAAUAAGUUUCUAGAAAUUUUACAGAAAGUUUGAUAGCCACCUAGGAAGACACUUGAUAAUCUGAUCCUCUCUGUGAACCAUAUUCUGAAAUGCCUCUGUGCUGCACCUCCUCCAUUACUCUCAAAUAGGCUCUAGUUGAGGUGGCAUGAAUUUCUGUGGAUGUUUUUACAGCUCUAAUGAUUGGUUAAAAAAAUUUCUACAUUAUCAACAGGAGAAAUGCUCUUUAUGAACUCUGCUAAUCACGUCUGUGGCCUUUGAAAAUAUGUAGUCAUGGUGAGAGGGUUGUAUGUUUCAGAAUAUGGGCCUGUAAUCCAAGUCAGUGUCUUGCCUUACCAACACACCACUGACUUAACCUUCAUGACUCAGCACACUUCAUUCACUGCUGCAGUAUUGUUUGUUCUAAUGAUCUGUGCUUGUUAAGUCUCUGAAUCUCCCACACUUCAGGUAUGCCUUAUUUGAGUUUGGAUUGUGUAUCUUUCUUUGAGUGAAGGUAGUCAUGAUUCUACUUACUUAAUUUAUAGCGAACAAUUAUGGUCUGAUUUUGACCUGUAUUUCUCAUUAUUGUCUUUGAUUACUUAUUGAGUAGUGAUUUUGUAUGUUUUUUUUUUAAUUGGUGUGAGUUUAACAUUACUACUACUACUAUUGCUAUUACUACUACUACUGUUACUAUUAGUAUUUUAAUUGAUAUUAUUGUUGUUGAUUUUGUUGUUGAUGUUUUGUUGUCAUUUUGAGUUGGGUAUAUACAUCCCUUGUGAAUUUUAUAUUUUUCCCCAUGGAAAUCUCACAAGACUACCGUGAGUGGACAUGAUUCUCUGAACACACGUGGCGGCAGUGAAUGGACACAACUAAUGGAUUGACUAACAUGAUUUAUUUCUGAUGUUAGUUGCAAGGUGUGUUCACUGGUGACCUGCUCAUUCUAAUGAGGUCUUGCUUCACAUUUGGAGACACUCUUUCCCUGAAGACAUCUGAUGUGCAGAGUCAGGGAUAAAAUUCCUUCUUUCAGUUGUGUUUUGUUGUUCUUUCACUCUUGCUGUUCUCCUUUAAGCUGGCCACAGGCACAGGUAUCAAUGCCUCCACUCUUCAUCAAUGACAUGAUGUUAGAAAUUUUCAUUCUAGGCCACUUGAUUUCAGCUGUGAUAAAUAUUUGGGCCAUUUUUGGAAUGUUUGAACAUCUUUCCUUCUCAUGAUGAAGGGUUUGUCCAGUCAACACUUUCAGCUCCUCUCGUUACCAGUGACUCACAUCUGUAGCAGAGACACUGUGGCUAGGGUGUGCAGGACCCCAAGCACCAAUUGCAGCUUAUUGUUAUGUACACAUUCUCAGCCAAAGAAGCAGUAACAAUGAAAGAGCUGAAAUCCAGACACAGCAAGAUCAGAAUGUAAAUGGAAGGGAAAAAAUUAAUAAAUAAAUUAUGGUGAUCUUAGCAAUUUAAAAGUUGAUCCUAUGAGGACAAAGGAUGAGAAUGAUGGCAGGACAUGCCUGUUGUGCAAUUAGUAAUUGUUGCCUUCAUCACUGUGCCAUCUGGCUCACACUUUUCUAGGUCCAUUGCUAUUUAUGGACCAUUCUAGCAGGCAGCCCAAAUUGCAUUACAAGUCACAAUGACACCACCACCACUGGCACUGAUACUGUGUAGUAAGGCUGAUUACCUCAAUGACUUCCAAGUCACAAAGGGACAACCCUGAGUCAUUGUCAUACAGGUAAUUUCCUUUCCAACACUCCAUUCUUUACCUGUCCUCACUUUAACCAUUACUGUCCUGGCCCCUCUCAUUCAGGUCACCUGGCAUCAGUUGUUGGUCCUCAAAAGCUUAAUGCUACUCGUGUAUACUGCCAUUAUCACUUGUCCACUCCAUUGUUUGCGUCUGACUUCAUCACCUCAACACGCACACACACACACACAAACCUUGCAUUUCAUGUCAUCAUAUCAUUCCCAAAUAUGUUUCACACACUCUAGAGGUGUUCUUCAGCAUCAUUUUUGCUGCCUUUACUUGCCUUUUCAUGCUCGCGUGGCUGUGGCUGCAGCACACAAUUCCCCAUAGAUUGUCAGAUGUAAAGUUCUUGAGUGUAGGAUGGUGGUCGUAUCUGAACCUCAUUAACUAAAUCCCACAUGCAGUCAUUGAUUUAUUUUCUGCCAGUAAACAUGACUGAACUGUUGACUCGAGCCUCAAGUCUUAAUUCCAACCUUCCAAGGUGUCAAUAUGCUACACAUUGAAAAGAAGCACCAUUCACAGCAUCACCUUAUUCCAGUGUGGCUAACAUUUACAAAUAAGAUGAACCUGAUUGCCCAUUGGAACUUUUAAGUCAGUGAACUCCCAACACUCUGUGCAAAACUUACUUGUAUAUUUUUUUAAGAGAUCCUAACAAUACUAAAACUUUCCCCUCCUGUGAAGAUGUCUUGAGUGUUCUGUAAAAGCUGUCUUGCUCUAAGUGAGGAAGAUGUGUCAAGUGUUGCAGUGGUACAAGACAAUGCAAUACUUCAUUAGCUCUGAAACUCACCACUUUGGACUAGACUCUUCCCACUGUGUGUAUACUGCACCGAGGUGCUUGACAAUAUCUGCUGUGAAGACGUGCAUGGUUGUAUGUACAUGUGUAGACAAUUCAAUAUAAAUGUACACAUAUUGCAGUUUGGUCAGCAGUCUUUUCACACACACACACACACACACACUGCGUAGUGUAGUGGUUAGCACGCUCGACUCACAAUCGAGAGGGCCGGGUUCGAGUCCCGGUAAGCAGCGAGGCAAAUGGGCAAGCCUCUUAAUGUGUGGCCCUUGUUCACCUAGCAGUAAAUAGGUACGGGAUGUAACUCGAGGGGUUGUGGUCUCGCUUUCCCAGUGUGUGUUGUGUGUUGAUGUGGUCUCAGUCCUACCCGAAGAUCGGUCUAUGAGCUCUGAGCUCGCUCCGUAAUGGGGAAUACUGGCUGGGUGACCAGGAGCCGACCGAGGUGAAUUACACAUACACACACACACACUCUUACUACAGCACUUGCAUGAACCAGCUGACUCAUACUGGCCCUGUAGUUGUGACAAAUAGGGAGCUUGUACUUUUUAUCACAUUCCUGCCACAAGUCCAAAGAAACCAUAUAAUGACGGCAAUUUUAUAUAUAUAUAUAUAUAUAUAUAUAUAUAUAUAUAUAUAUAUAUAUAUAUAUAUAUAUAUAUAUAUACAUACACAAAAUACAAAUACUAUAUGAUAUACAAAUAUAUAUUAAUCUAUUUAUGGGAGGUGAUGAAGUGUUGAUUGAAUGUAGGAAGGAACACAGGAUUCAUUGAAGUGUUCAAGUUUAUUUGGGUUUUUGUUUCAUUCAUGCAGUUUCAUUAUAGGAAAAAUGUAAUAAAGCUACUGUUUUGUGCGCUCCCAAAACCGUGCAGUGCAACACAGCUUGGAGAGCAACACAGACUGAAACACACACACACACACACACACACACACACACACACACACACACACACACACACACACACACACACACACACUAUUGAGCCUCAUAAAAAAGAUACAAACAGGUGAACAGUUGAAACUCACACAAACACAAACACACACACACACACACAAAACAAAAGAGUUAAUUUAGGUGGUGUCUGCCAAUAUGCUAGGAAGUGUAGGCUGGAAAUGCAGUAAUUAGUCCAAGAUGUGUUAGGAGAGUAGCAAUUUUUUGUACCUGUGAAGGACUCGCUGUGCUGCUUCAGCGUGGCGGCUGGCUGGGUGCUGCCUGGUGAUUCGGUCACUCUUUGUGUUAAGUAAAACAUAUCAAAAGC